AGAUCAACGUCAGGUACUUGCUCUUUUCAGAUCGCCUAGCUGGGCAAAGUUCUCACUAUUCAAAAUUUUCCAUUCGGCUAACACCAUAUUUAUUUCGGAAAGUAUUUCACCUCAAAAAAAUUUACGUCUGUUCAAAAUCUGUCGUUUGUCCCGAAACCGUUUUCCCGAUUCUGAUCCAAACCCGGAUCCCCAGACCUAGUCUUUCAAGAUGUGUGACAAACAGGAUUGUCCCCCGCCUCCGCGGUGCUGUCCACCGCCGCCUCCGUCCUGUCGCCCGCAACCGACGUUGUUCCAGAAACUGAACUGUGUUGCCUGCAAUCGGUUCUUCUUUUUUCUGCUUGGCGCUGGGAUAGGACUCUACUGGGACAAGUUGAAGCAGGAUGCCAAGGCGGCGGCGGAGGAGGCCGCCAAGUCGCCGAAGGAGAAGGAGAAGGAUCGCAAGGAGCGCGAGAAGGCGAAGGCCGACAAGGAGAAAGCCGACAAGGAGAAGGCGGAGAAGGAGAAGAAGGAGAAGGAGAAGGAGAAGAAGGACAAGGAGAAGAAAGACAAGGAGAAGGAGAAGGAGAAGGACAAGGGCAAGGACAAGGAGAAGGAUAAGGGCAAGGACAAGGACAAGAAGUAGUAACAGAGAUGUCCCAAAAUUCCCAGUACAACUCCCAAACACCCCGACUUCAAGCUCAAACACCAAGUUUCCAAUUGAUGCGUGCAACGAUCUUCUCUCUAUACUCCAAAGUGUUUUCUCCCUUAUUUAUUCCCAGUUCGAGCCGAUGACCUGGAAAGGAAUGUGAUCAGCACUGAUGAACCGCCUAGGAAAAGCAUUACUAACACCCAUUCAGAGUUUAGGCAUCAGGAAUGUGUCUACCAUUUCGAGAUUUCCAUAAGACAUUAUAUUGGAUUGCCGUUCAACAUCUUGCUAAAUAAACUCAAUCCGCUUUCAAGAA